GUUUUUGGUGAAAUAUGCGUUGCCGGUUUGGGACCCAGCCACGGAGGUUUCCAGUGGAAGGAGGUGAUUCUUCAGUUGGACUGGAACCUGGGAUGAGCACUGGUUCUGCCUGUAACGGGAAAGAGAUAUCACCAACUAGGCAACUCCGAAGAUGCCCUGGAAGUCAUUGCCUGACAAUAACUGAUGUUCCCAUUACUGUCUAUGCAACAAUGAGAAAGCCACCUGCGCAAAGCAGCAAGGAAAUGAAUCCUAAAUAGCAUCAUUAGUCUUUUGGUGGAGGUUUGACUAGGUCAAGGGUAAUGGGCCAGUAUCCUCUUAUUAUCUGGUAAACAAAUAAA